UUCACCAUUCGUAGUCGCCCAACCACGCUCCUGAAAUCCAUCAUGCGUUCAGAGAGCAACGCCUGCCGCGAACGCCGGCUUGCCACACGAGAGAUCCGCCGCGGCCUCAACGCCAUCAACCCCUCCAAUAUCGCAAACUUGCAAAGACAGUCCCCGCUCUGGAGCAAACUUCCUGCCGAGAUCCGCAACGAGAUAUUCCGGCUCGCCGUCUCUCAGCACCCCGACCACACACGUCCGUAUGAGGAAAACAGCUACCAUUACCGACCGGGCUAUACGCACGCCCCCCGCGUCUGUAUAGACCUCCUCCUGACCUGCCGCCUCGCAUACUGGGAAACGAGUCCCAUCCCGCUGAGAUCCGCAACCAUCACCGUCUGGCACGGACGCGGCCCCAGACCGCCGUACGCAUGGCCCUUUGCAGCGCUGACGGCCAAGAACGCCGAAGGCCUGACGCACGUGCACCUGUUCACGCAGCUGUUCUGGCUCGAAAACACGGAGUCGCUGUCCGGGUACACGCGGUUGCCGACGUUCCGCCCGAAGAAGCUGACCAUCACCAUCCGCCACUCGGACUGGUGGUUCUGGGAGAGCGACAGCCCGCUGCGCAUCCGAGACGGCUGGGUCGCUGCGUUCAGGCCGCCGCCCAGUCUGACCGAGCUCGUCAUGGAGUUUGAGACGCUGACGAGGAAGAAGAACCAGCUCGAUGGUAUAUUGCAAGACGUUGUUAAUUGGCGCUUCAUGGGCCCUGAUGACAGGGUCUUUGUGAAUAAACCUGAGCUGGUUAAGCGCUGGAAUUGGACGGGUCGCGCGGAUCUGGAUGGCGUGAAAUGGCAACCGCAUUAUACGCCUGCGAACCCCACGAAUACGAUUGAAUAUUACGUUGUGAACCUUACUUGGCAUCCUCUGGCGGAGAGUGCAGACCCGCAACGGGGGGACGCGGAAAGACAAAGCUGCCCGCCUUUAAAGGCGUAGGGGAGUGUACAUAGUUCUGUGGUGUUAGCGUAUGAUUUCAUGAUGAACGGCCGCAAUCAACUAAACGACAGUAAAUAGGCAUCGCCUGUACCGAACUUCUACAGCAAAGUAUACAGUCUUGGCUCAUGGAC